AUCUAACCGUCAAGUAAUAAAAGUCAUUUUAAUUUAUUUACCAACUCAUCCUUGUCGAAAUUACCUCACGUCACUUAUUUGAUCAGUGCCAGUACUCCAACUAGUAGGAUAUAACACGCAUCACUAGCGGGUGACCGCUAAACACGUAUUUGCGUAAAAUCCCUCACAACACUCAUGUUUACAAAGUGGACUUGGAACUAUAUAGCCGUAUCAAUUCAAUAAUAAUUACUAUAGUUUACUAAUUUCUUUAUCACAUAAUUAAGUGGUGCAUUAUCUGUAGGUACGGUCUCAAGUUAUUAAUAAAUGAGAUAUUGUAGUUAAAAGUGAUAAUGAUGGUUGCCAUGAACGUUCAAAGUUUGUGUCUUUGUGUGUUGGUUUGUGUGAAGAGUGUCAGCAUGGUGGUGGUGCUGAACGGGGUGCUGGCGGACGAGUGCCCCACGUCGGUCCGCGCCUUGCUGAGCGCGCACCCCGGCUACCGGGAUGCGGCCGCGCAGCUGCUCGCGGCAGCCCCGAGGGUUGUAGGAACACCAGGGCUCUUGUACGUGGGGCAGCGGGAGUUAGCUGCCGUAGUGCCACAUGAUAAAAACGUAAACAUCAUCGGUUCAGAUGACGCCACAUCAUGUAUUAUAGUCGUUGUGAGGCAUUCAGGAUCAGGAGCAGUUGCCCUAGCACAUCUCGACGGCUCCGGUACGGCAGAGGCCGCAGCAGCUAUGGUGGCGAGGGUCCAACAGUUAGCAGUCGGCUACCCUGAGGGCAGACUCGAGCUACAACUGGUCGGGGGCUUCACCGACCCACAUAGAUACUCGGAUGAGCUCUUCGCGAAUAUAAUGUUAUCAUUCCACCGUCUGUCCGUGGAGAUCGACUUAACCCUCGCCUGCUGCUGCGAGCUGAACACGGCGCUCGGGGGCGGCGCCCCGGCCCCGCUGGUCACCGGCGUCGGCGUGGACAUCCGGCAGGGAGACCUGUUCCCUGCCACCUUCCCCGACAAGGGACCCGAGCUGCCGCUGCGAGGGGCUAGAACCAUCACCGGAGGUCCACAUUCUGCUCAGGUGUUAGACAUAUAUGACAAUGCAGUGGGCAUGCUCCGCAUCGGGCCUUUCAACUACGACCCACUGCGCGGGGUGGACUUAUGGCUCGAGCAGUCCGACGACUUCAUCCUCCAACACUUGAGCACUACGCCGGCUGUGGAGCCUCCACAUUUUGUGCAUCACAUCCGUGCGACGCUGAAGUUUAUCCAGCAGCACCCGUUCCCGGCCGUCACCGUGUUCGCCGACAACCGCCCGCACUACUACCGCCGCGACGAACAGAGCGGUUGCUGGGCCCCGGUCCGGUUCUAACCGGUUUACAUCCGGUACCGAGGAGUGGUAAUGUGAGCCCGCUAUCGGUUUAAACUGGCUUAUAUACGCCGCUGAGCGGUGGCAUUCACAAAUGGUUAGCCACAUUACUUCCGGCGUGAUAAAUAGAGCGGUCGCUGGGCCCCGGUGCGGAUCUAACCGGUUUACAAUAGAGUCUGAUUGGUGCGGUGUUUUAAGACAACCGGCCGCACUAAUACCGACAUUAUGUAUAAUGUAGUGACCGCUUAGCCGGUUAACAGCCGGUUCUGGAGAGCCGUGGGGGCUGACAACUAACCCUACCCCCGUGAGUAAGUCCUGGUUCGGUUUGUGAACAACCGCCCGCACUGCCACCGCCAUGAUGAAUAAAGCGGUUGAUGGGCCCCGGUACGAUUUUAACUGAAGCCGUACCACGAAAAACUAAAUCAAAAUCUUUAUGUACCUUCCUAUUUCUGGAAUACGUAAGAGUGAUAGAAAGGCAGACGAAAUUUCGAUUCUCGUUUUUCGCGAUAGCCCGCCGGCCUCGCGCUGCCGGCCUGACUGCUGGACUACGGUUUGAUUAAAACCAGUAAUGACUCGUUUCAAAAUGCUAUAUUAUACUAUUUAACCGGUUCACAUCUGUAUAUUAAUCUAUGAUUAUUAGUAUUUAGCUUCCGACUUUUGUCAAAAUACCAGAAUGUCAUAUUUUAGUUUAAAAAUAGAACAGAUCAAAGAUGGCCAGCAAACAAUACAUAAUACAAAGCAUAAUAAACUAAAGCGCACAAGUUAUGUGUAAAUGUCAGUCAUCGAUUAUUGUUUUUAAUGCAACAGGCAUCUGUGUUUCGGUUUCAUUUACUCUUUCAUAUUCCCUUCAGAAAAUAACCAAUAUUGUAUCGUCUUCACUCAGUAUUCCGAAUUCAAUCGCAAAAUAACAUAAAGUAUAUAAAUAAAAAAAAGCCCGGUUUUUUUUAUUUAGCAGUGGAAUAGUUCCUUCUAUUUAAAAACCAACAUAAUAGGUAUUUUUAUAAAACGAAAGAUCAGAGGUUGUCAUUAAGAACUAUCUUAAAUUAACAAUGUAUUUAGUCGAUGUCUGAACAAAGUAGUUAUUACUAAAAUGUGACAUUAUAUUACGUAGACGUCAUGACUAUUUAUUGUGUAACUAAACACUGUUUCUAAAUUCCAGAUACUAAUAUAACGUAGCAAACCUUUGUUAAAUUUUGUCCCUUUCUAACAAACACAUUUGUCAAAAUAACAAAUAAAGACAAACGAUUACGAAACGCCACUAAAAGAUAGUCAGAAUGAACCAAUUUACUAACCAUUCAGAUGAUUGGAAAAGCAGAACUGUUUUUGUGUCAGUUUUUUACCACAUACACAGGCAGAUUUGUCGGACAAAUUGAGACAGCUGAACUGUCAUUUUGGUAUCUGGUAUAUAAAAACAGAAUUUAUCCUAUGUUAAAAAUAUAAAUAUUAGCAUCCAAUGAGUCACGUGUAGAAGUUUAAGGCCUGUGUUCACCGGCCGCGUGUGCGUAGACGUGCACGCACACGUCACCCCAUAAGGACGCAUAUAUUACAUCGUGCACGUGCACGUACACGUCUACGCACAAGCAGCUGGUGUACACAGGCCUUUAUUAAACCUAUAUGGUGUAUGUAUUUGAUUUUAAAUUGGCCCUCGCCCAUAACAAUGUUGUGACAUUCGCAAACCCAUUCAACUGUUUUACCGUUUCUUACACCGUAUAUUCCAAGUAGGUUCAAAUACAAAUUGAUUUUCCUAUAUUACACAGAUAAGAUGAUCGCAUGCGAUGCGGCCGAAUAAUAUUUGUGAAGUUUUCUAUUACUUAUGAAUUGUCUAUGACAAUUGUGGUGAAUACUGCACAUUAUUAAAUAUGUUAAUGUGAUAAAUAAACUAUUAGUAUGUAAUAAUUAUUAUUGAGUGACGUUGAUCAUAAAUAAAAGUUAUUCAGUAUGACCUAUAAAGUCACUUGGCUGAGUAUGGCUGGUGAUUAAAUUGUUCCCUGUAUGAAACCGCUAGGGAUCUCAUAUGAUUGUCAGUGUGAGAAGCUACUAAAUGUUACAUAAAUCGAAUUCCUUCGCGGUACACACUUAUUUUUCUAAAUAUAGUUUAAAUAACGGAACAAAAUGUUACGAUUUCACAAUUUACUAAUGGUUUCAAUCGUUAACAAUAUCUACUUAAGUUCAAUUGAUGUUAUAAUUACCAAUUAUUACAUUUUUUCUGUCUCUAGUAUCGUAUCGUUUGGUAGCCUAUAAGGAGUGUUGUUCUGAAGAUGCGGUUAUAAAUUGAAUAAUAUCUGUUUUUGUGGUGUAUUCCUAUCUGUCCUCGCCUCAUGUAUAGGUCAUGUGGCGUAUUGGCGGUCACGUGGUGCGGGGAUACAUGGGGAUACACCGUGUUUGUCUGUAAAUAAUAUGACAUUAAUUUUAUUUCCUAUUUUUGUUAAGUUAAAUAUUAUUUUGUAUAUUUUGGCUUACCGUGACUGUAUGCAGGCUUUUUUCGAUUAGUUUAAAACAGAGUGGCAUUAGUAUUCAGGUUGGCACCAUUCGCGAUAUAUUUGCUCACAUUUGUGUAUCGCUAGACCCUAUUUCAUAAAGUUACAAGAUAAUUAUAGUAUUUUUCACAUAGCUCGGAUACGAUGACAGCUGUCACCUCCAUAUAAUUUAUUUAUAGCCUCAUACGCAAAUUAAUUGAAAUGACAGCGGUCACCUUACCCAAACUAAGUGAAAAAUAAGAAGACUAUACAAGAAGCGCUCGAUUUAAGAGUCCGUCUAAGGUAACUCUGCACCGGCUUUGACAUGAUAAAAGUGUGGAGGAUAAGGUCGACGACAAACAUAUGUUCACAGUUUUCGUAUUAUUACAAAGAAGUAAGGUGCAAGUGUAAACAUAUCUUUGACGUCGACUGUACCGUUAUAAACGUGAUUUUUUCAUAGCAAUUUGACGUUUGAGACAUUCCACACUUUGUUACUGAAAGUCUGUGAAGAGUUAGCUUGGACUGACUGUGUUUCAGUCAAAAGUUUUCGUAAUGCGUCUAUUAACACUGUUGUAAUUUUAGUUGCCAGUAAUAGAUACUAUUGUUUAUUCGGGUCCGAUUUCCCUGUUCUAUCAAAGUGAUGAAAUGUUCCUGACAAGAAUUAUUUAGCUUUGAGAUAAUACAAGGUAUAGCCAAAAUAGUGGGGAUCCGUUUAAGGGCAUAGGAAAAAGUAGAAGUAUUUUUUUGACCCGAAAAAUGUUUGACAUCGGUUUGAAGGGUUGACCGAAUUUGACAAGUCGCUCCAUACCAAAAAAAUUGCUUCAAAAAUUUAUCUUCUUCUUUUUCCUGAUCAGAGCACGAUACAAAAUAUACCCUUAAACGGAUCCCUACUAUUUUUGUUACACCUUGUAUGCAUUCGUCAUGUAUAGUACAGUCAAAUAAUAUUGUCAGGAUCGCUUAUGUCAUGAACGACUAAUUUCAAAACAUUGGUUAUGCUACACAAUCCUUCAUCCUUUUGAUGAUAUUGUUUUAAUGAAUUCAAAAUAUUUUUUCAUGCAUCGUUGAGUUGGAGAAGUUGAAAUUCGAUGACAUUCAACGUGUGUUGUCAAAGAGAGUCAAAGAGUCCAACCCAGUAGGUAAUAUAAUUAGUACCAAUGCCCACACUGUUAGGUCCAUCAGUAGACCUUGUUACAAAAGGCAUAAGGUCCACCGUUGGAUAGUUAAGAGUGCUGCUGUUUGUACCACUAAAAAUCCGCAACAUGGCAAAGGCAAAUAAAAUCUUGUCAGGGAAUGUCAUCACUUUUACAGAAUGACAUAUUGACAUAUGGAAAAUUAGCCCCAGACAAACUUAAAAGAUGAAUUUGUAAAUAAUAAUAGUGAACAAUUAGGUUAGUUGUAACUUAGUUAAUGUCGUUAAUAGUUAUUGUUUUGUGAAUUAUAAUGAAUAUAUUGAAAGUUCAAAAGUUA